GCACUCGCGCAGUCAGUUUCGUGAGUGUCGACCAGUCGACUGGCGUGGUGCACUGCCGACUGCGGACUGCGUGGCAUUUGGCACAUCGGGCAAUGUUCGCGCAUGUUGGUCGUCUACUCUUGUGCCGCGACGCUUUCCGUCUUUCUCACGCGCUCACGUCAACGUGACACGUCUUCGCGCGCGUUGCGCUCCGCUCCACUUCGCUUUGCUCCGCUCCGCGUGCGACAAAACAGUCUCGUGACUGUGAAUGGUAGUAGACGGUGGACGACGGCUACGAGCUAUGACUGAGAGCGCGAUGCGUCGUCUCUCGGCCGGCGACGUCUCGUCUGCCGCGCUACGUGCGUAAGCUCGUCGUGUAGUUGCUACACGGCGUCGCGCGUCACGGGACGUCGAUGAAGGAGGUGUCGACGACGGCGCGCUCGAAGCCAAGCGCCUCGAAGCGUCGAGCCGAGAACGAGAACGCGGAGGCGGAGGCGGAGGCGAUAAGGCGGCAGACGACAGGGCGGUUGACAGUUGACGUUGACAGUCGUUAAUAUAGCGCGAAGAGACAGAAACAGAGUUGUGGGGCGUCGUGAGGCUUCGUGUGCGAGUGUGCGUGCAUGUGCGCGGGUACGGGCGACGGGCCAGCCGGGGUUGAGGAGGACGACGGCGGUUAUCAUCGCGGACGUGCGACACGAUGACGGCGAUUCUGGUCUCCGUGGCGGAGCUCUCCAACAUAUUCUCCGUGCUCGCCGUCCUCAUAUGCUUCUGCGGGGUCUUCCUCUUUAUCAUGAGGUACGUGGGGAACAUGAUGGUGUUACGCGUCCACGGCGACGACCUGAUGUUCGGCGGCGGCGGCGGCGGCGGCGGCGGCGGCGUGAUAGCGCAUUCGCCGCGCAUACCGCAAAUGGAAAUGAUGAAGGUCCAUAUUCCCUUCACCUUCAAGCUUCACGAGAGCUUCAAGAGCACGUACGCCGAAGUGGAGUGCGAGGUGUCCAGCCAAGUGGAGUAUUCACUGCAGGCGAUCUGGGGCGUCAGCAUAAGAGAGCUGCAUCUAGCGCUCUGGAAGCCUUGGAGCACGUUACGGGACGCGUCACUGAACGGGACCCUUCUACAAGGGCACGCGCAAUACCUCACACAACCGCAAACUAGACAGCCACAUGGUGAAGAAACGUUGAGAUUGUCAUUACCGGUCCCGGAACUGGAACUCGGCACCCCUCCGCGGCUCUGCUAUCCUCUGGUGAUCUUUCUCACUCGAAGAGACAACCGGGAUCCCCAUCCCGACGAAACCGUGGCCCUGGUGAACGUUGUUCACAUUAAGGACAGCGUGUGUACGUUGCCAACUUCGAUUCUAGCGCAGUAUUUGAAGCAGGCAAACGGCCAACUAUCUUGCUUAAAGCAAUUGUACCUGGCCACGGGCAACUCGAGCAACUACGAUGAGAGUGACGCGAUGUCGUCAGCAGGUCUGGGCUCGCCAGCUCUGGCACUCGCUGAACCGUGCAACAACAACGACACCGCCAGUGGCGGCGGCGGUGGUCGGGGCGCUUUGGUGGCGUCCGGUCAGAGUGGCGACCAGGAAGGCGGUUCGCUCUGGAAUACCGCUGGCGAGCAGCUCUGCGUCGUCUGCCAGUACUUCCCGUUAUCCCGCGCCCUGCUACCAUGCCGACACACCUGCAUUUGCGCCUCCUGCUUCGGCAAGCUCGACCGAUGUCCGAUGUGCCGCAGCCCGAUCAAGAGCUACUUCUGCAUACGCAGCGAGGAAUAUAUGCCGCCGGAGAAGGAGAUCAACCCGUGCAAGCAACGCCAACCUAGCCACGGGCCCACCCAUUGGCUCCACGAUUGGAACGACCGGCUCACCGAUUUCCUCGGCUUCGCCCGAUAGGAGUAUCACUGAGGUCACACGUCCUGUAUACGCAAGCGUCAGAAUGGUUGCCAGACUUUUUGUUUAGUACAAAUUAUUUCUGCAGAUUUAUUCCUAUGUAAAUCCAAGGUGACACAGUUAUUGACGCGGCGAAAUAUUAAAUAUCUUGUAAUGAUUGCGUUCCACAAAAACAGAGGUAUUGUAUUUCACUUCUUUAUUGCUCAAGUUAUUUUUAAAGAAUGAAGUUUUAGUCCGUCCUAAUUUUUCUUAUGUAACUUGAAAAAAUUACAUUUAGUAGAUAGUUUAUUAACUGUUACUUUCAUCUCUGAUUUACAUUGGAAUAAAUGCAUAGAGUUUACAAUCGGCAAAACAAAAAGUAUCAACCAACUAACACUGAUCAUAUCUUGAUUUAGCGUUUAAUUAUAAGGGAGAUGCGGAAGUUCGUAAAGACGUAUUUACGAAAAAGACGUCAUAUGGUCAUCCGGUUGUUUAUUCGAUGUUACACGUGCAAAUAAUUUUCACAUAAGAUGUCGCACAAUUACCACACAUUCGUUUUAACUAGUUUCUUCGAUUGGACGGAAAUGUAAAAGUUGCAUCUUUUCUUUUUUUUUAGUCAAAAUAAGAGUAAUUACAAAAAAUUGUUGUUUAACACAUUUUUUCAAUUUUUUGUAUCACGUAUCUUCGAAAGAAAAUAAUGUAUAAAUUAAGAUUAUUUAGAUGUCCACUUGUGAAAUCAAUCGAGAAUUAUGUACGAUUUUGUCAUAGACAUUCUCUUUGAAUUACCAUCAUUUAUUCUCAAUCAUUGAUUAUUCAACAAUUUUUGACAUAUGUAUAUGCACACACAUGCAUGUGCGCACACACGUGCGCGCACGCAAACACAUACACACACGCGCGUACGUUUACUAUUCGGGGAAUAUUUAAUUGAAAAGAUUUUUGUAAUUUUUUAUAUUCUCUACUUAUACAUACACGAUGUUAAUUUUUUGGAAAUAUAUGUAGAUUUGAGACAUUUCAGAACUAAGCUUUUUACUUUUAUCGAGAAAAGAAAAGAUUUUAAAGUUAUAACUUGGAAACAUUGUAUAUAUUCUCCCUUCUACUUUACUGUGCGCGUCAGUGGACCAACUGGCCCAUCUGAACAAAUCUCAGCUCACCCAAUUAGAGGAAGAAGCUGACAAUGGUAACGAACUUCCGCACUCCGUUCAGGAGACAGAUACCGCGCGAUGCAGUUGGAUCAUCGUACACUCGACGUCAUUUAUAUCUUUGCAUAUGAAAUUAGACAUUUCGUUCGGCAUCACGAAAGCCUAAACGCAAGUCGAACGUCUCUAGGCAACCGUGAUUCUGAAUUAAAUAUUCUUGACAACUUGGGAUGCAUAUAAAGGAUUAAAUAAAAUAUUAAAUGACAAACAAAAUAGGCUAGGUUAGGUUACGUAAUAUUAAAUUAAUUAAAUAAAAACAAUUUUGCGGAUUUUUUACUCCUGAUGCAAGAAUACUUAGAUGCGAUAUCCUCGAUCUGAGAAUGUCUAAUUCAAACAUAAAGACGUAACGCCAAGUGUAUUCAUCCAACGAUCGGGUGGCCUAUUCCAAGGGGAAUCUGUAGAGUUGCCUAAAUUCGAAAAUAUGAUAUAAUUACAAAUUUCCUUAAAGAAAAAGCACUAUUCCUCUUUCUCCUUCCCACCGUGACUCUAUCCUAACUGAAUAAUUGAGAGAAAUUAAAAUGAAAAAUUUGUACGUUUUAAUUUAGAUAAAUUAUUCAAUUUUUUUUAUUUACAAUUGAUUAUAUAAUAAGUUCCUUUGUUUUAAUUUUAUGCCAAAAUUCUAGUUUUUUGUACAUCGUCAUUUUUUGACGCUUUCUUUUUGAAUUAUAUUAUCUGAAAGACCACCCGCAUAGAGAAACCGUAUUAAACGUUAUAAGCAAUGCCGAAAUUUCGAGGACUGCGACUACGUUUCCCUAAAUGACCAUGUAUAUAUGGGAGAUCACACCGGGAAUUUUUACUAUGUGACGUUUUGUAUAUGUAAGUACGUUAAAUGUAAAUACACUAUGAUAAGCGAAAUCUAUGGUACAAUAUGUGUGUGCGUGCGUGUGCGUGUGAGAGAGAGAGAGAGCGCAAAAAUGCUGUCUAGUUUUGGUGUAGCGAGAUUGAAAUCGACAUGCAAACAAUAUACCUAGUAUGAAUGGACAAAGUAUGGCUUUGUUGAACUGAAUGCAACGAAUAGUUGGAUAUGACAGAGAAGAAGAAGAAGCGCGCGGACACUUUGUAUGCGCGCAUACAAAAUGUCUGCGCGAAUUGUUUGUUUAGACUACGCAUCAUUAUUGAUAAUAGACAUAGUAGUAUUAUAAAAGAAUGCCACGGAAAUGUACAGUACGCGAUUGCGUGCGGACCAGCGAUAAUAUAUUUUUUCACAAGUAUUUAUUACUUCACCUAUCGCAGUCCCACCUAAUUCGUUGGCAUCUCAUUCCUCUGUAAGAAGCCAAUGCUACGAGCGAUAUAGCCCGAUCUUAUUCAGUAUUUAAGAUGGUUUCAAAUAAUAUUAAGAUUAUAUCCAGCCAAUGUGAAAUGAUUCUACACGUUCUCAAAAUUGUUCACAACGUUUUUGAAUAUAAAAUCGGACUAUAAAUCCUAUUCGUGCUACAUCUAUUCACGUUACGUCUAUGUCUAGAGCAAAUGUAGUUCUACAUCCAAACCGGGCAGCAUUGUUGUUCUUAACUGUACGAAUUCGCCGGUAAGUUGUCCGAUACUUGAUAGAUAUAUCUAUAUGUAUGUACGAUUAUGUAAUACAUAAGUUUACUUCUUUAGUAGAGCUCGCUCUCGCAAGAAGCAUUUUCUUUGGAACUUUGCACGUACAGUUAAAGUAUUAUCCGUUUCGCAAAUUCUUAUACGUUUAGUGGGUAUGUGUGUGUGUGUGCGUGCGUGCGUGCGUGUGUGUGUGUAUGUGUAUGGGCGGGCACAUGUGGCGUUUUUGACGAGUUUUUUAACGUUAAAACGCCAACGAAUGUGCGGCACUAAGUAUUCGAGACGCGUGAGGGAGGCGAUGUUAAUUCUCUAGAUUAGGAUCAUUACGUUAACGUUUUAACGCUGUAAAUAGAUAGACUGUGAUAAUUUCUAACAGCAUCUGCGUGAACACGUUGACUCGUGAACGGGUUGUCCGGGGGGACUCGUUUGGGAAAGAGACCUAAAGAGGUUUAUCUGAGGUGGAGGAGGAAAGGAUGGUUCGAUCGAAGGACACGAGAGAGCGAAGGCCUUUGCAGUCAAUUUAUCAUAAAAGAAAUUAACACUUUAAUUUAUGUUCUAAGCGAUAAAAAGAAGGCGUAGAUCGAAUAUCUCGAUUCGACUCGAAACGCACGUGUACAUAAUUUAUUUAAAUAAAAUGUAUUAGCUGGCAUUUUACAUA